ACGCACGGUGGAAGAAUGUGGUUCGAGGCUGAUGUCUGUGGUCAAGGUUUUCUAGCUGAUGUGACCUAUCAUCAACGGUAACCAAUGUCUUGGCGUCUUCAAUAUGGCGCAAAUCAGUCAUCUCAAAGACAUCCAAAAUCUGACAUUUGAACUAGUUCUAGUCUACAAGCAGACUUACUUGCUAACUGUGGCCAAUGCGGAAUGCUCUAUUUCGUUGCUUAUUACAUUGCGUCUUAGUGUCUCAAGUCCCCAUGAUGGGUUGGAAACCAUUGUGUCCGUGGUCUGACAUCAUAGCUGGGGUUGGCCCAAUGACAUCAUAGGCGAACUCAAAGGAGUUCCUGACCAACGCCCGAACCGCAUUAACCCACCGGCCUAAGACAAGACUACAAUGAGCUUGGUAGGUAAGGUACCACCUUUUAAUAGUUUACCUACCAAGACUGGACUGACAAGGGGGCUUCCACGCCUCGUAACAAGUGCCAGGCAGGCGGUACCAGUGGCUGCAGUAUCACGCAAUUGCUUGCCGUCUGCUUGUAAGUGGGUGGGGUCCGGCAAACAAGAAAGUGCCUCCUUCGAUGGGUGCUUGUAUUUUUUAUAUAAACCAAGCCCGAAUCUCGCCCUUCUUUGAUCGAUGCUCUUGACAUUUUCCUCAUCAUCUUCCCCAGUCUUCUCGAACUCACAAACGAACUGAAAAGAACCACAACCUCUAUCCUAAAGGAUAUCAACCAACUCUCACUUUCUUCUCACCAACCAAAACAACAACCACAAUGUCGAACCCCACCAACGACAACACCUCCACCCUCCAGUCGGUCUACGACUCCGUCACUGGUACGGCCCAGUCCAUGCUCGGAAGCCUCACCGGCUCCACGGGCGACCAGGUCCAGGGCGACGCCAAGCAGAACAAGGCCAAGACUGAGCACGACGCCUCGCACGCCACCGUCAAGGGCCCCGGUUUCACGGCCAGCAGUGCUGGUGUUUCGAAGGACGACCCCGACCGUAUGUCGGGAUCUAUGAACCAGACGAUCGGCUCUGCAAAGGAGACUCUGGGCGGUCUUGUCGGAUCUGAGUCCCUCAAGGCAGCUGGUCGCGAGCAGAACCGCAGUGGUCAGGAGCAGGAGGCCAAGGGCCAGCUGAGCGACCUCGGUGCCGGCGUCUCGGACCGCGUCACGGGCACCCUGGGAGCUGCGGCCGCCGGCAUCAUGGGCGACCAGACCAAGCAGAACGAGUACCAGGCUCAGCACGACUCGGGCAAGACGGCACAGCGCGGCGUCGAGCACGACCUUCAGAAGAAGGCUGAUGCUGAGGCCAAGGCUGCGCAGCAGUAGAUGGCUUGACAGGAAGUUGAAAAAGAGCAUGGAGAGUUUGCAUUUUGAUACCCCACGCUGGGACUAUACCUCGGUCUCCUUUAUGAAGAUUUGGUUGGUCUUGGUGUUAAUUGCGGGAGAGCUGUUUGGCAGAUCUCCGUAUUCCCCUUGCAACAGGUUUAAUAUCCAAAUAUGAAAUAAUAUUCUAUUUGACCCAAUAUAGCAGUGUGAUUUGUGUGAUGCCUUUAUCUGAGUUACCCUUUCGUUCAAAAGCUUGUACAAUAAAUUACCAAGUUUCGAUCCAGGUCCACAGACGUACGUCCGAGUCGUAUCUAGGAACUAAGGUAGAGUAUGGUUUUGUUUCCCAGGGUUAUUCUGCUCCAAAAAGUACUACCUAAGUGGUGUAGCAUAGCACUUGGUUACCACCAUAAUCGCAGUUGAUGAAUACGCU